UAUAUAUAUAUAUAUAUAUAUUAUUUCUUCUUCUUAUUGGUGUGAUUUAUAAUGGGCAACAGCCUAGCAGGUAUGGUUGUGUUUGUGUAGAUACACACAUAUACAUAGAGGCGUGAGUGUGAGUGGUUGUUUUGUAUUUUGUUUGGGGUGAGAUGUUGGAUCUAAAUGUGGAGGCGGUGGAGUUCGAAAUGGGCGGCGGCAAGUCGACGGAUUCGGUGGCGUCCUCCACCACCACCACCAAUAAUGGGGAUGAGGUCAUCUCCACCCUCAAUUUCUCCAUCCUCGGGAAGGUCCUCAAUGAUGCUGAGGUCAGGCAGGAGCUUCAGCUUUUCCCGCCGUCUCCAUCGUUGCUCAGCGCCAGCUACUGGCUCCAUCAGUCGGUGCCGCCGCCGCCGCCGCCACCGCCACAGGCCGUGGAGGCGGAAUUGGGGAUUUACAAGGCGCCGCCGCAGUCUCAGGUGAAGAAGAGCAGGCGUGGGCCCCGCUCUCGGAGCUCGCAGUACAGAGGAGUUACUUUCUACCGGAGGACUGGGAGAUGGGAGUCCCAUAUCUGGGAUUGUGGUAAACAGGUCUAUUUGGGAGGGUUUGACACAGCUCAUGCUGCAGCUAGAGCAUACGAUCGUGCUGCUAUCAAGUUUCGUGGGGUUGAUGCUGAUAUUAAUUUCACUAUAGGUGAUUAUGAAGAGGACACGAAACAGAUGAAGAACCUGACAAAAGAAGAGUUUGUUCACAUUCUUCGCCGUCAAAGCAAUGGCUUCUCUCGAGGAAGCUCAAAGUACAGAGGCGUUACACUGCACAAAUAUGGUCGAUGGGAAGCAAGAAUGGAUCAAUUCCUAGGAAAUAAGUCUUACGAACAAGCAGCCAUAAAAUGUAAUGGAAGAGAAUCUGUGACUAACCUUGAGCCUAAUAACUAUGAAAGGGAAAUUCUUGGCUCCAAAGAUGGAGGUCGUGGCAACAAUCUUGAUCUCAACCUUGGGAUGUCGUUAUCUUCAGAUGGGCCACAUGGUAAUAACAUAACAAGGGAUUUGCAUUUCUCUUAUACAUCAAAUGAAUUGCCUGAUGGAAAGAGACUAAAGGUCGAAACUGCUUUGACUUCACCCCAAGAGAUUGCAAUGCCAACCAAGUGUGCUCCCAUGUGGACUGCUGGCAUUUAUUCUGGUUUAGCCCCAAAUACUAAGGAAAGAGCAACCAGUGGUGAAGGCAUCCCUUUGUUGCCUGGAUUCACAAACUGGACAAUGAAAAUGGGAAGCAAUGGUGGUGGCAUGAAAGUCCCCAUAUUGUCUUCUUCCUCUGCAGCAUCAUCAGGAUUCUCUCCCGCUACUCUUGUGCCACAGUUUUGCUACAUUCCACAACCGCAUUCACUCGAUUUCAAUUCCAGAUAAUCUACAGCUGGAAAAAGGCUCUUUUUUUUUUUUAAACCUGUCAAACAGUUUUCUUGAAAACAAAGCUGUGCCAAUUGGGGAUCAUAAGAAUUUCUUGUCAGUCGUACAUACAACUACAGAUAAGAAUAAUAGAUUGAACAAGAUUUAUGAUGUAUAGAUUGGUAACGCUAUGCUACCGUAGUUUCUUUUUGCGAGUCCAAAAUCUCAUAUUUGGUGCAGAUAUUCUGAUUUCUGGAAGCAAAUUGUGUUUGCUGUUUUUAAUCUGUCUUGUCGGAUACUGGUUUUGUGUAUUUGACAGUAAUUGAAAAUGACAUAUGUUUAUGUUCUUGGCAUCAUCUCAUU